CAUCAUCUCCUCGUAUUCCUUCCGAAGAGCUAUCUUGCGAUUCCCUUAUCCUUAGUAGCACGGGCCGCACCUCGCAUCCCUUGGCGCAGACUCCUCCCGAUCAACAUGGGAGACUUGGGAUCAGGAGCGUUGUCGUCCAACACCCAGCUCUCGGGGAAUCUCCCUUCCCCUUCGACUGAUCAGGAGGAAAUCUCGGUGUUGGUAACAGGGUUUGGGCCGUUCAAGUCCAACCUGGUUAAUGCCUCGUACUUGAUUGCUUCCGCGCUCCCGUCUUCUUUAUCCCUGCCAUCGCCUGCCUCUAAAUCCCCAGAUGGCCUACCGACAGCUCGUCGGAUCUCAAUUCAUGUGCAUCCCUCUCCCAUAAAUGUCGCCUACUCCGCAGUGCGGACGACCGUGCCCGCCAUUCUGGACGAUUACGUCAAGACUCACGGCCGACACCCAGAUAUCGUGAUUCACAUGGGAAUUGCCGCAACCAGAAGUUAUUACUCCGUAGAGACACAGGCACAUCGUGACGCCUAUCACAUCUCCGACAAUCUUGGCCGGGCUGGCUAUGAAGACGGCGAGAAGAUAUGGAAGGAGCUGGGACUCCCUUUCGUCCUGCAGGCCGGAUGUACUUCGGACCUCGCUCCAGGCGCACCAGCUCAGGCUCGCGCGCAGCUCAACCCGCAUCCACCAGAUGCGGCCCUUCUACAGGCCUGGCAAGCGUUCGCCCCGCCGAAUGCGCAGGUACGGCUCUCAGAGGAUGCCGGUCGCUACCUAUGCGAGUUUAUCCUGUACACCAGUCUGUCACUGGCGUUGCUUGAGAACAGGGACCGGAGGACCAUGUUCCUGCAUGUUCCUGCGUCGUGCGCAGAUGAGGAUAUCGAAACUGGAAAGGAGAUAGCCAUUGCCUUGAUCAAGGCUCUCGUGGCGUGUUGGGUGGACGAGAAGAUAUAUUAGGUUUGGGGAGCUCAUCCAGUUGGGCUCUGGGUUCUUUUUCAAGCGAUUUCAGCAUCACUGCAUGAUGGCCCUGGCAAGUAGGCAAGGCGUUUAUGCGAUCGAUUUUAGGUACAGACGGGUAUUUUGGGUGUUAUUCAACAUACUACGGAGAGUAUAUAUCAAGCGGCAUCUAUUACUUGAUUGAUUCUUAGUUGGAGAGUGUGUAUACCUAGUAGUGACCCCAUCUUAGAUAGCUUGUCCACCAUUCAUCCACCUCUAUCUAUAUCAGAGCCAACAGUUCAAGACGUGCCUGCGCAGAUAGUCCAAUAUAUAUAUAUAUAUAUAUAUAUUCUUGUUUCUUAAAACCCUUUAAUAUACCGAUGUUGAUUCGUCUCCUCCAACACCUCAAACUUCAUCCCCAC